AUGAGAAUGAGCGUUACGGUGUCGUGGUCACACAGAGUGGCGUGUUACUGUCUGGUCGCACUGCUGGUCCUAACACUGGCGGGCUCGAUCAGAAACAGUCACAGAGGAGGUGGCGGAGAGAAUUUCCCGGCGGCGGCGGAUAAAAGAGACGGCGAGGUUCGUCGAGGGAAGCCAAUGAUGGAGAGGCCAUGUGAGGAGCUAUACGUAGUGAGUGAAGGAGAGACGCUUCACAGCAUCAGCGACAAGUGCGGCGACCCGUUUAUCGUGGAGCGUAACCCGCAUAUCCAUGACCCGGAUGAUGUCUUCCCGGGUCUCCUCAUCAGAAUUCACAUUACCAUCCCUAGUUCCAUAACAAGCUAA